AUGGCAAUGGCAAACAACAAAACACAAUGUUUCACAUGUAAUAAAGAAAAAAUCACAUAUCCUUGUGAAGGAUGUUCAAAAAGAUUUUGUUUAAUACAUUUAACUGAACAUCAACAAAUAUUAAAUCAGGAAUUAAAUCAUAUUAUUAAUGAUUAUGAUCAAUUUAAACAGACAAUUAAUGAACAAAAACAAAAUCUACAAAAUCACUCAUUAAUAGAACAAAUUGAUGAAUGGGAAAGAAACUCAAUCGAAAUAAUUCGACAAAAAGCACAAGAUUGUAGAAAAUCUCUCAUUGAAUCAUCACAGACAUUUAUUAAUGAGAUUGAAAUGAAAUUUGAUGAUUUAUCUGAACAAAUAAAACAAAUAUAUAACAAAAAUGAAUUUAAUGAAAUUAAUUUAGAAUAUUUAACAAAUCAAUUAAUAGAAAUUACACAAGAAUUAAAUAAUCCAUUAAAUAUUUUUAUUCAACAAGGUUCACAACCAUUUAUUAGUGAUAUUUCCAUUAUUUUAUCAAAAAAACCAAAAUGGAAUAAAUGGAAACAAGAUGCCAUCACUGUGGCUGGUGGAAAUGGAAAAGGACCGGAAUUAAAUCAACUCAAUCGCCCUGCAGAAAUCUUUAUUGAUGAAAAGAAAAAUAUUUUCAUUGCUGAUCAGGAUAAUCAUCGUAUUGUUGAAUGGAAGUACGACGCAAAAGAAGGACAAAUCAUUGCAGGUGGAAAUGGCCAAGGAAUUCGAAUGGAUCAAUUGAAUUGUCCAACAGAUAUGAUUGUUGAUCAACAAACUCAUUCGAUUAUCAUUGCUGACUGGAAGAACAGACGAGUGAUUCAAUGGCUGAAUCAAAAGCAACAAAUUCUGAUUGAGAAUAUUCACUGUUAUAGCUUGAUAAUGGAUAAACAUGGUUUUCUUUAUGUUUCUGAUGAGAAGAAGAAUGAAGUGAGACGAUGGAAAAUGGGAGAAUAUAACAAUGAAGGAAUUGUAGUGGCAGGUGGAAAUGGAAAAGGAGAUCAACUCAAUCGACUUAGUUUUCCUGGUUUUAUCUUUGUCGACGAAGAUCAGUCUGUUUAUGUAUCAGAUAGAGACAAUCAUCGUGUGAUGAAAUGGAGAAAAGAUGCAAGAGAAGGAAUAGUUGUGGCUGGAGGAAAUGGUCAAGGAGCAAAUCUCAAUCAAUUGUUUUUUCUCGAAGGAGUCAUUGUUGAUCAUUUGGGUCAAAUCUAUGUGGCGGAUUUAGGGAAUCAUCGAAUAAUGCGUUGGUGUGAAGGAAAAAAAGAAGGUGAAAUUGUUGUUGGUGGAAAUGGUGAAGGAAAUCAAUCAAAUCAAUUGAAUAGUCCCACUGGUCUAUCUUUUGAUGAUGAAGGAAAUCUUUAUGUUGCUGAUUAUCGUAAUCAUCGAAUUCAAAAAUUUGGAAUAACUUUGUGA